UUCAUACAAUACUACUGAGACAUCUACAGCUUAGCAGACAGAUACGGUGAUCCGCCUUUCCCAGCUCCUGUAAGUGAUGCUGCACUGAGGCACACUUUGAUCUAACUCCACUGAGGGGGGGCGAUGCGCUCUGCAUCCCUCCAUUAGUUUUUUUUGGGGGGAGCGUGCACCACCUCGAAUCACACUAAACAAGUUAUUUGAAAAUGAUGUAGGUUUAAGCUUUCGUUCACAAUUUUUUGCAGUUCUUGGAUGGAAGUUUUACGCACGGGUCAAGGCGCGUUCAAACCACAUGUGUCGCGUGGGUGCCGGCGAUUUUUUUUCCCCCUCUCCUGGCAAAAUAAAGUAGCACGUUUGAGGUAGACUGAAGGGUAGGGAGACAAAGUUUAUCAAAAACAAGCUUGGAUCAAUGCGUUUCUUGCCCCGUGGGAUUGCGAGCCCAAGACAUCCGAGGAGGAAUUACAGCGUCUCCCUUUCAAAGUUGAUCGCUGUACAUGAUUUUUUUCUUCUUCUUCUUUUUUUUUUUUUUUUGCUCACGAGGAUGCCGAUUUUUUAGCGCAUGGAUAAGUUUUUAUAGUGGAUACCAUUUUGCUGCUUCUAACGAGGAUCGUCUCCCAUUUCUUUCCUCUACUUCAGCUUAAUUCAUGGCACUUCUUUUUUGAAAACCAGUGAUGUUUCGACGCGGCGGUACAUGCGGCUGAUUUGUCCUCCUGUUCGAGCGGAGAAGAAUUGCUGCAGUACACGUGAAGCUCCCAUCCACUCUUGAGUAUGGAUUUAGCAAGUCAGGCUCAUGCGCUGGUGGUCUUACUCACCUGUGUGGUCUUGCUAUGCCGGGCCCAGGAGAGGGACUACACAGUUAAGGAGGAGCAGCCAGAGAACGUCCGCAUCGGCAACCUGCGGAAGGACCUGGACCUCAAUCUAGACCCCACCAUUAGGCUGUCCUCACCACUGCAGUUCAAGCCUGUGUACAAGACAGGUGACGUGCCUUUGGUGAGAGUAGAGGCCAACACGGGCGAGAUCUUUACCACCAAUCACAGAAUCGACCGGGAGAAGCUGUGCUCCGGGGUCUUUGCCGAGAAACGCUGCUAUUAUGAAAUCGAGGUGGCCGUGCUGCCUGACGAGAUAUUCCGACUGGUCAAGAUCCGCUUCCUGAUUGAGGAUGUGAAUGACAACGCACCCCUUUUCCAGUCCACUGUAAUAAACAUCUCGAUUCCGGAGAACACGGCAAUCAACACUCGAUACCCGGUGCCCUCGGCGUUUGACCCUGACGUGGGGAUCAAUGGGAUUCAACAUUAUGAACUGGUGAAGAGUGUCAGUGAGUUUGGCUUAGACAUCAUUGAGACUCCUGAAGGAGACAAGUGGCCACAGCUUAUUGUUCAGCAGAACCUGGAUCGUGAGCAGAAGGACACUUUUGUGAUGAAGAUCAAGGUGGAAGAUGGCGGCAACCCUCCCAAGUCCAGCACCGCCAUUCUCCAAGUCACCAUUUCUGAUGUCAACGACAAUCGCCCCAUCUUUAAGGACAGCGAGCUGGAGGUCACAGUGCCAGAGAAUGCACCCACGGGGACGUCGGUCGCUCAGCUUCAUGCCACCGACGCAGACCUGGGUUCCAACGCACAGAUUCACUUCGCUUUCAGCAACCAGAUCUCUGCUGCCAUCAAGCGCCACUUUGCCAUUGACAGUUCCACAGGACUGAUAACUGUGAAGCAGCCACUGGACAGGGAGGUGACUCCUGUUCAUAAACUCAUCGUCCUGGCCAGCGAUGGCAGCUCCACCCCUUCCAGAGCCACAGUGACUGUUAAUGUAACAGAUGUUAAUGACAAUGUUCCCUCUAUAGACACUCGCUACAUUAUCAACCUGGUUAAUGGGACUGUUCUGCUGUCUGAGAAUGCACCUCUUAACACCAAAAUAGCCCUAAUUACUGUUACUGACAAGGAUGCAGAUCUCUAUGGCAAAGUAGCUUGCUACACCGACCACGAUGUUCCAUUUCGGUUGAAGCCUGUCUUUAAUGAUCAGUUCUUAUUAGAGACAGCUGCCCCACUAGAUUAUGAGACGACUCGAGAAUAUGCAAUUAAGAUAGUGGCCUCGGAUAGGGGGACGCCUCCUUUGAACACUUCAGCUAUGGUUUUAAUUAAAAUCAAGGAUGAGAAUGACAAUGCACCCAUUUUCCCCCAGCCAGAAAUCCAACUUUCCAUACCGGAGAACAAUGACCCUUCUACACAGUUAAUAAAAAUAAGUGCCACAGAUGCAGACAGUGGACAUAAUGCCGAGAUUAUUUAUAGUCUCGGCCCUGACGCACCUGAUGGGUUUAACAUAGACAGACGGUCAGGAAUACUUUCUGUUGGCAAGCGACUGGACAGAGAGAAGCAGGAGAGGUACUCAUUCACUGUCAUAGCUAGGGACAACGGCUCCACGUCCCUACAGAGCAAUGUCACAGUCAGGCUAAUCGUCCAGGACCUUAAUGACAACAGCCCAGCUUUCACACACCCCGAGUACAACUUCUAUGUGCCUGAGAACCUGCCUCUCUAUGGAACUGUGGGCUUAAUCACAGUUACGGAUGCAGAUGCAGGAGAUAAUGCUGUUAUAACCUUGUCCAUUUUGAACGGGAAAGAUAAUUUCAUCAUUGACCCUCAAACUGGUGUGAUCAAACCCAAUAUUACCUUCGAUAGGGAGCAGCAAAGCUCCUACACAUUUAUGGUCAAGGCAAUUGACGGAGGACAUCCUCCAAGCUCCUCGUAUGCCAAGGUCACGAUCAACGUGGUCGAUGUAAAUGACAACCGUCCUGUGUUUGUCAUCCCGUCCUCCAAUUACUCAUAUGACCUAGUGCGGACCCCCACUGUCCCUGGUGCUGUGGUCACCAGAGUGUUUGCCAUUGACAAUGACACUGGUAUGAAUGCUGAGCUGCAGUACAGUAUUCUUAGCAGCAUCAUCAUCACAUCGAGGGUCUCCCCGCGAGGUCUCUUUGCCAUCGACAAAUCAACCGGUAACAUAACACUGCAGGAGAAAAUAGUAGCAGCUGAUCACGGGCUUCAUAGGCUUGUAGUCAAGGUGAAGGAUCUAGGCCAGCCUGAGUCAUUACACGCAAUAGCACUUAUUCACUUGUUUGUCAAUGACACUGUGUCAAAUGCUACCUUUAUUCAAGAGCAGCUGCGAAAAAGUAUGGAGACACCCUUGGACCGUAACAUAGGGGACAGCGAGGUAACGCCUCAAGCCAACGGAUAUGUGAUUGUUGUCAUAGCUAUCAUAGCAGGGACCAUGACUGUCAUCUUAGUGGUAUUUGUGACUGCCUUGGUGCGCUGCCGGCAGACACCCAGACACAAGGUGGUGCAGAAGGGCAAGCAGAGUGGUGAGUGGGUGUCGCCCAACCAAGAGAACCGUCAGAUCAAGAAGAAGAAGAGGAGAAAGAAGCGAUCCCCCAAGAACCUCCUCCUGAACUUUGUGACCAUCGAUGAGUCCAAGCCUGAUAACCCUACCCACGACCAUGUUAACGGUACACUGGAUCUCCCUGUGGAACUUGAGGAGCAAACCAUGGGGAAGUACAACUGGGCCACCACGCCCACCACCUUCAAACCUGACAGCCCAGACUUAGCCAAGCAUUACAAGUCAGCGUCCCCUCAACCCACAUUUCAAAUCAAACCGGAGACGCCAGUGGCCCCAAAGAAACACCACGUGAUCCAGGAGCUCCCCUUGGACAACACAUUUGUGGUGGGGUGUGACUCACUCUCCAAGUGCUCAUCGACUAGCUCCGACCCAUACAGUGUCUCAGAGUGCAGCUGUCAGGGGGGAUUCAAGACUGCGGGGCAAAUCACCACCCGACAGGAGAUGGCACUGAAAACACCACACUAUGGCACACUCUGUGGCACAGGUACAACUCGCUCCCACAGGAUUAAAAUCAAUCUCUAGCUCCCACUACCUUAAGAGAGAAAAAGAGAGAAAGGGGAGAGAAAAGGGCAGAGGGAGGAAAGGAGAAAGGCGAUAACUGAAGAGGUGAAACAAGUACUUUACUGUCUCUACAGCCUCAAACCCAACCUCUUCAUACAAUCCAGAGAAAAGAUGAACUUGUGUGGGGGGAUGGGGAUCUCAGAAAAAGACAGACACGUCAUGUUGCCUGCGUGGAAUUUGACAAAGUUCCUCCUGUGAGUCUUUUGGAAGUUUGAAAUACUUUUGAGUCUCAUGCUACUUACCUGUGUCGGUGAGGAUGACGCUGUAUGCCCCGAACACUCCAGCAGCCUCUCUGUAAAAUAGGUGUCAAAUACAGUCAGUAGAUCUGUAAAGUAUGUUUAUAUGUAUGUAUGUAUAUCUAUCACAGAGUUGAUGGUGUUUAUAUUUAUUGAUUCUCUUUCUUUGCCUUGUUUUCAAAACUGCCCGGUGGCCAUUUUCAUUUCUCAGUUUGACUUUUGUGUCAUUCGACGUUGCUCCUUCUGGACUUGCUCGUGGAACUCAUGACUUCUAAUGUAUUUAUGCUGCAAGGUCUACGCCGCGUGGGCUUUACAUUAGUGCAGUGUACCUUUUUAUGUCAACGUUCACCUCUUUCUGUCACACUUUUGAAGCCACUGUUAGUGACGAGUGUGGCUCCUGUAAAGAAACAUGCAUGGCCCCACAAUGUGACCACAUUUGUAGUGCUACUGAUUGCCAUGCCGUUAUUACUGGGAGGAAUGAUAGGACAAGUUUAAUACUUUGAGCUUAGCCACAAUCACAGGGGACUAACUCCUGGGGUUAUAAUCAAAAGCUGAUUAUGUAGGGCAGAUUUUCGGAGCACUAAGCCUAACCUUUUGUGCAUCGCCUUCAAUUCCUAAGUCGGAAGUGAUUUAACCUCUAAGAUCCAUAUUAAAAUGACUCCAGAUGGUAAAAAAAAAAAAAAGAGCACCAAUAAUCCUCAGGCAGUCUUUAAUAUGGGCUGGUUGGCGAAAGAAAAAAAAAAAGACUUGAUUUUGUGCACUUAUUUAUGCUAUUUUCUUCUUUUUUUUUGAACGCCAAAAUGAAAAGGUAAUCCAGGCUCCAGUUUAAAAGCAGCAAUAAGUUUGACAGAAAUGACUGCUUCUUAUGUCUUUUGUUCAGAGCAUCAUUUUUCUUCUCCUUUUUUUUUCUAUAAUGAUAGAAUCAUCAUGGUUUUCAGUAUCAAUAGAGUCAUUUCUACAGUAUACACCAGUAAUUGGCUUGAUGGGUUAGCAGCGUCGUUGUCCGAUUGUACUGUUAAUUGGUGAGCUAAAGACUGCUUUGAUAGGUAAAGCAUAAAAGGCAUCUGCAGUACAUGUAACAUGGAAUUAGAGUCGUUAAAAUGGACAUACCCUGUGUUGUCAAUUUGAAAUGUCCAGAUGGACUGGACUAAGACUGUUUCCCGUCUUGUGAGAGACUGUAUUUAAUCAAAUGUUCUGCACAGACCAGGAAACAGACAACAUUUUAGAUUUCCAUGGUCACAGAUCAACAGGCUAUGUCUAAUUUAAAGCUUUUAAUUCCAUGUGUGUUGCCUCCUUGUGAGACAGGUUGUGAUUAUUAAAGGAGGUAUAUCAAUGUAAUUAUGGUAUCAAAUGUAUUCAAUACUGAGUAGGAGCCACAGUAUUAAGUAUACAUAGCAUCCUAGCACUGUGUAAUGAUUAGAUUUGCCUGAUCUUUGGGUAAAGGAAAAAAAAAAAAACUUAUACAUGGGGAGGGCUUUUUGUCCUUGUACAAGAUACAAACAACCUCACUUUUAUUAAAUGUGAAUUACAAUAUGCACCUUACAUGAUCUUUGUAAUUGACUUUGAUUUGCCAGUGUGGAGAAAACUGUAAAUGUUUUGUUUAUGUAUGUGUGCGCUUCUGAAAUUUAUUAAAGUCUUUUGCAUUGUAUUGAA